GCGUGCGUGCGGGAUGGGCGGCUGGCCGGCGCUGGGCUUCGUGGCGUGGGCGGCGCUGGGGGCGGCGGCGGCGCUGGGCCUCUUCGCCCGCGGCUUCCUGCUGUCGCGGGUGGAGCUGGGCGAGCGCAGCGGCUGCCGGAGCCCGCCGGGCCCGCCGCUCCCUCCCUGGCCGCCUUCUUCCGGGGGGCCCGGCUGCUGGCUGCCGCGGCGCUUCGAGCGGGCCGUGCUGGUCCUGAUCGACGCGCUGCGCUUCGACUUCGCCCGCCCGCCCCGGGACCCCGCCGCGCCGAGGCCGCCCUUCCGCGGCCGCCUGCCGGUGCUGGAGCGCCUGUCCGGGGCCGGCGGGCGGCUGUUCCGCUUCCGCGCCGACGCGCCCACCACCACCUUGCAGCGCCUGAAGGGCCUGGCCACCGGCUCCCUGCCCACCUUCGUCGACGCCGGCAGCAACUUCGCCUCCUACGCCAUCCGCGAGGACAACCUGCUGGCCCAGCUGGCCCAGAACGGCAAGAGGGUGGUCUUCAUGGGCGACGACACGUGGGACGGGCUCUUCCCCGGCGCCUUCACCCAGGCCCACUUCUUCCCUUCCUUCAACGUGAAGGACCUGCACACUGUGGACGACGGCAUCUUGCGCCACCUGGAGCCCACAGUGGAUGCUGGAGAGUGGGACGUGCUGAUCGCUCACUUCUUGGGCGUGGAUCACUGCGGCCAUAAACAUGGGCCCGAUCACCCGGAAAUGGCCAAGAAGCUCUCCCAGAUGGACGCCAUGCUCAGGUCUUUGGUUGACCACCUGGCGAAUGACACACUGCUCAUUGUGGCAGGGGACCACGGCAUGACGAGCACCGGGGACCACGGGGGAGACAGCGAGGAGGAGGUCGGCGCAGCCCUUUUUCUCUAUAGCAAAGCCCCGCUGUUCCAGAACCCUCCCCCUGAGGAGCCAGAGACCGUCCCACAGGUGAACCUGGUUCCCACGCUGGCCUUGCUCCUGGGCGUGCCGAUUCCUUACAGCAACAUUGGAGAGGUGAUGGCAGAGCUCUUUGCAGUGGAGGGGGAUGCCGUCUCCUCAGGCCUGGCCCAGCUGGCUGCGUACAGCAUCAAUGCCCGACAGGUGAACCGCUUCCUGCAGUCCUACUCUCUGGCUGCUCAGGACCUCUCGGCAGAGAAGCUGCAACGUCUCCAGGAGCAGUUUUCCUCUGCUGUGGAGGACUACGGGAGGCUCCUGGCCCAGGCUGGCCGUCCGGCACUGUCAGAGAUGGAGGACCUGCAGGGCCGCUUCAGGCAAUACCUGCGAGGGGCCCGGGCCGUGUGCGAGGAGUCCUGGGCCCGCUUCCAGCCGGCCUGCAUGGUGGCCGGCUGCGCCCUCCUGGCCUCGUCCUGCCUGCUGUGCUGCGUGGCCUCCCACGUGGCCUCUACCUUCAGCUUCUCCUAUCGGCAUCUCCUCGUCUACCCGCUGCUCUGGGGGCUGGCGGGGGCGUCUGUGCUGGGCCUGGCUCACCUCUGGGGCUGGGCUGAAGCAGACUUCAUCUUGGUGUCUUCGUGGGGGGCAGCAGCGUCCCAGUGCGGGUUCUUCUGGCAUUGCUGGGCCAGGCGGCCCUGGAGGUGCCGCUUGGCUGGUGCCCGUCCCGUAUCCAGAGGCGCUGGCCUGGCGCAGAGGCUGUGGGCGUGGGCGGGCCUGGCUCUCCCCUUCAGCAUCCUCCUGAUUCGCUGCGGAGCAAUGUUCUCUGACAGUUUUGUGAUGGCCGAGGCCCACGUGGCACCUUUCCUGCUCAUUUCCGUGGCGUUGCUUCUGGUCGGGCGGCUCCACUGGGAAGGCCGGCUGGAGGACUCGCCUCUGUCCCGGCGGCUGCUCGGCAUGCAGGGCGUCACCCUCGCCUGCGCACGGCUUUCGGGGCUCUUCCGGCAGUGCCGUGAGGAAACCCCCCACUGCCGCUCCUCGACCCUCGUGGCCCCGCUGUCCCGUCUGCAGGACCCGCAAGCCAAGAACUUCUAUUACGUGCUCUGUUUGGCCGUGCUGGUGGGUCUGACGUGGGGGGCGCGUGCCUGGCUACGCCACUACGGCAACCUGAACAGCCCCAGCGCCCCGGUGCUCUUCGUGCGCUGGGGGUUUCCCCUGCUGGCCGUCUGCAUCGGCGGCUACUGGGCCAUGACCUCCGGGGCCGAGGAGGCCUUGGUCAAAGCCCACGCGUGGGCGCAGCUGGCGCUGGAGGCCUUUCCGUGGAGCGUCUUUGUCCUGGUGGCGGCUGGCCUGGUGCUGGUGCUUUGGGACCCCGUCAUGGUCUUUGUGAAGGACGGCCGGGAGGCGGCCACGACGGGCAGGCCCAUCCCGCUCCCUAGCUCUCAGGAGGAGCUGCAGCAGGUCAUCCCGCAGCUCUACCACCGCAUGCAGCAGUCCCUGAAGAGCCGGCUGGACCGGGCCAAGACUGGCGGCAGGGCUGCCGUGGCCGCCUACGGGCUGGGCAGCGUCUACUCGGCCGCCCUGCUCACCUGCCUGGCCCUGCUGGGCUUCCUGCUGCUGACGCUGCACAGCGAGCGGCUGAGCCUGGCCUUCCUGCUGCUCUUCCUCGAGGCCUUCGCCUUACUGGGGAUGCGCUCCUGUGCCGUGGCCAUGACCCCGCAGGCUGAUCCCUUCACGGUGCCCUGGGAAGCCCUCGUCGGCUGGGCUCUUGCCGCUGCCCAGUUCUUCUAUGCCACCGGCCACCAGCCCGUCUUCCCUGCCAUCCACUGGAACGCGGCCUUUGUCGGGUUCCAGCAGGGGCACAGCAGCAACCUGAUACCUGCUCUCCUGGUCGGGGCCAACACCUUUGCCUCCCACAUCCUCUUUGCGUUUGGCUGCCCUCUGCUGCUGCUGUGGCCCUUUGUCUGCGAGAAGCCCGGCCCCCAGAGCGGGACCCCGGAGAGCGGGGCAGAAGAUGACCGCGAAGAACGGCUGAUGGAGAUGAGGCUGCGGGAAGCCCCCGAGCGGUUUUCUGUGGCGCUCCUGCAGUUGGGGCUGAAGUACCUGCUUGUUCUGGGGCUUCAGAUGCUGGCGUGUGUCCUGGCAGCCAUGAUCCUCAGGAGGCACCUCAUGGUGUGGAAGGUGUUUGCCCCAAAGUUCCUCUUUGAGGCUCUGGGCUUCAUGGUGAGCAGCCUCUUCCUCCUGCUGGGCAUCGGCCUGGUGCUGCGCGUGGACUGGGCGGUCAGCCGGUGGUUCAAGCAGGUCAUCCUUGCUCAGUCCAGGUAGCGUGAGGAGGACAGAGGCCCCGUCGAGGGGCCCCGGAAAGCUUCAGAGGAUCCCCGAUCACUCCGGAGCAAGGACUCGGCCGGCUGCGUGACGUUGACCAGGAAGGAGCUCAGUUGCCGGGGCAGCUCGCUGGACUUGGGCUCCCCGUGGCGAGUGGGCCAGCUGUGAGUCUGGACCACGGCUCCCCUCCUGGGCUUCAUCUCUGCUUUGCAGGGGGAACCAUCAGACACUCCGGAGCGGCCUCGUGACCUCAUGUGCUGCUUCCGUUCUAUGGGAAUCACUGUGAAACGGCCCUUUGUGUUGCUCCGGCAGGCAGGAAGUGUUUCUGCGGUGGGUGAAGAAAUACAGGCGUCCACACAGAUCGCUCUGAUCUCUCUCUCUGCACUGCUGCGGUGCCAAUUCUUGGGCAUCUGCUGCAUCCAGCCAACGACUGCCUCAGGCUCCUUUGUGAGGUGGGGGCCUGGAGACGCCAGUGGCUGGUGGGGCAGGAGGUUGGCUGGAUGAUUUGUGUAUCUGUCAGAAAAAGUCGGGCCGGAGUCAGCCAGGCAACAGGUAAGAUCGCUGCUCUCUCACCUGCCGACCUGUGAACUCUGCUGUCAAGAAGCCCCCCCCCCCCCCCCAACAAAACAAAAACAAAAUCUUGCUUGACUUGGUCUUUGGGUGCUAAGAACAGAUCGAAUUCCUGAGAGUCGUUUUGGGUGAGCUGCUGUGUUGAUGUGCAGACGUGUUUUUCUCUCUAUGCAAUGCUAGUGAGAGACCUGGGUGAAAAGAAGCAAGGCCCUGCUGCUUCCGAGGGGUGCGGGGGGAAGCUAGUCCGGGGGCAUUGGCUGCUUUUGCCUUGCUUUGCAAAAAAAAAAUAUGGUGCCUUGACAUUCCUGGUGCUGAGCUGGAACUUCUUUGGAGCCCUGGAAGCUGGGGGGUGGGUGGGUGGGUGGGCAGGAUGCAGCACGAUGGAUCUUUGGGCAGACCUCCGUGCCCCCUGCAUGGCUGCCCCUGGCAAUUCCUCUUUGUCGAUCUGUCCUAAAUGAUACUGAGAGCCAUCCCCUUAUACGAGCUUUGAACUUUGUGGUGUUUUGUGAGGUUUCCGGGCUGUACGGCCAUGUUCCAGUAGCAUUUUCUCCCGACAUUUUGCCUGCAUCUGUGGCUGGCAUCUUCAGAGGAAAAUGCUAUCGGAACACGGCCAUACAGCCCGGAAACCCCACAACACCUCAGUGAUUCCGGCCGUGAAAGCCUUCGACAAUACAUCUGAACUUAGUGUUGAUCUGUUUUAAUUUUUGGAGAACUCGAAGGAUUGCUUUCUGGGGCCAUCCUAUCUGUUACUCCUUGGAAAAAAGCAAGCGCUCUCCUGGGGUGGUGGGAUCUGGAGUAGAUGUCUUGUGGCCUGAUUGUUCUUCAAGAGCUGGUGUGGGGAACAGCUGAAGCAAAGACAUUCGGGAGUUCUCGUAUUCAAAUGUUGCUUCAUAUUCAAAAGUCACACGAGCCACUCUCUCCCCCUCGGCAUUAUGAGGGAUAAUCCUGGCCUUCCUUGUAAGGUGGUUGUAAGGGUGGCCGCAUAAUCAAUGCAAAUACUUUGAACACUUGAAAGGGAUACCUCGAUGCCAAGUAUGGUGAAAACUGUUGUUUUUUGCUAGUGAACAAUCACCUUUCUGCUCCUGCCACCAUAUUCAGUUAUUUAUUUAUCUGAAAUAUUUAUAUAUCAACCAGAUGUCUGGGAACCCAGGGCGGGUCAGAAACAAUGCAAGCAAUUUAAUAAAACAAAACUAUGAAAAAACGAAACUACUCUCUCCUCUGGUACACGAACAGACGAGGGUCAAAAGAUGGAAAGUAUCCUGGGUGUGCGUGUGUGUGAAUCUUUACUGCAACAAGCAACAAAGAAUCUGGAUUUACUUUCCUUGGGGGGGAAAAGAGCUUUUUGGAAGCUGCUGCUUCUGCCCUCUGAUUCUAGAAUGGAAUUAUGUAGUGGUGGGAUCCACAAAUUUUAGUAACAGGUUCCCAUGGUGGUGGGAUUCAAACUAACAUAGCGCCAAUGGGGCUGGGCGGGGCA